AUGAAUUCAAGUUUAUCGGAAUCCCAGAGCGAGCUCAGGCCUUUGCUUUCACCAGAGGAAGUAGAGGCCACCGAGGUGUACCCGUUAAUCCACAUGAUUAGAGCGUUGUCCCCAAAGCACUUCAUCGACACACCUUUGACAUACGAAGCUCUUACAGCACCUGAUCUCACAUAUACACUCAUCCGGCCACUCGUCGACAAGUAUGUCGCGAUACAACAGGACGGAAACUUCUCAGUCGUCUUCUGUUUUCUGCUCAACCGUGUGCAUUUUGUCCGAGAUCGCAAUCUCGCUACUGCCACACUUUCGAAGUCUAGAGCAACACUUUGCGAGAUUCUCGCCAUCCGAAUCAUGCGUGAAAAUGCCAAUGACAUGCUGAGACUUACUAUGACUGCAACAACUAGCUGGUCUGUUUAUUCCGGUGCUGAGCCCGACUUGAUAGAACGUGCGAAGGCUGAACGCAGCGACGACUUGGAGGAAAGGGUCGGAAAUGCCAUUGAGAUGGCCAUCAUUAGCAAGGCCAAGCGAUUCAUCAAGAGUUCUUCUUGCCAGAAGGUCAUCGACGGGAUCUGGUCGGGCAAAUGUGUCUACCAAGCACAGAGUAGCCACUCAAUCCUCUCUGAUACUUACAAACGAACUCCCAUCCACUUCUACGACCCUCACAAAGCACCGCUGCUCGACCACUAUCGAUUGAAAGUACCAGCAAUCCGCUCGGUGCUCGAGUACAUGAAUUUCCUUGGAUUGUUCAUCCUAUUCGUGAUAGCCAUAGAGUUCAACGAACGGGAUACGAUCAAUGUGUCGGAAUUUGUAUUCAUGAUUUACGCCCUGGGAUUCACUCUGGAGAAAGUGGCUGCCAUGCAAGAGCACGGCAUCAAAGUGUACUUUAAGGGCACUUGGAAUGGCUUCGACCUUGCAUUUGUAACAACGUUCUGGAUUUAUGGCUUCCUGCGUCUUUACGGAAUGUACCACGAUGUGCUGUGGGCUCGUACCCUGGGGAUUGAUUGCCUUGCCAUUAUCGCUUGUUUGAUGUUCCCUCGGCUGGCUUUCGUAACACUCCGCGACAAUCUCAUGGUUCUCUCCCUUCGUGCUAUGAUGGUGCAAUUCGUGGUACUUAUGUGUAUCGCUGCGUUCUGCUUUUGUGGCUUCUUGUAUGCCCUGUGGACGCAUAUAGCUUGGUGGAUGCUUGAUUUAUUUUUUGGGCUGGAUGCGACCGGAUUCGACAGAGCAACGACAUUCCACCCGAUCUUCGGCCCAGUCCUUAUGGUAACCUAUGCUUGCCUGAGCAAUACAUUACUUCUCACUGUCCUUGUAUCCAUCUUAUCUCACACAUUUUCAACCAUCAACGAGGAUGCGGCAGCUGAGGCCAUGUUCCGCAAAGCCGUAUCUACUAUCGAAGGCGUCAAAGCAGACUCCCUCUUCUCGUAUCAACCACCCAUAAACCUGUUCGCCCUCUUCGUAAUGUUGCCUAUGAGCUAUAUUUUGAGUCCACGGUGGUUCCACAAAGUCAACGUCUUUAUGAUUAGGUUGACGAGUUUCCCUAUACUACUUGGUAUUGCGGUAUAUGAACGGCAGGCCAAGAAGAACCAUACGAUUGGGUUUUAUAGCACAUUCUCUGCAAUUGCUGAGAAAGCUAUCGAUACACUUCCACGCCAGUUCAAGCGUCUGACCUUCUUCGAUGGUCUGGCUGGUGCUGAUGCAGAUAUUGACGCUAUCUUCGAAAUUGAGGAAGAAGCGUCAGAAAGUGCACUUGAUACCAGCGACUACCCCAUGUCUCCCGUUGAGGGUCCUCGAGACAGACGUCUGUCACCGACUAAGCGGGGGACCAAGCUCCCCAGUCCGCCGUCUGCCAACCGGCAACACACUGGUCCUGCCCGGGAUGCACCCAGAACCCGCGUAGCAUCCUUGCUCAGCGAUGCAGCGCACAACGCUGCACACGCUGUUAGCCCGCUGGCGCAGCUAUUCCAGCCAUUGAUAGUGGAUGACAGCAUUCCAGAAGAAUCAGAGACAUGCACAGAAGACGGACAAGCACACCAGCCGCACGUAGUUCUUCCUAUACCCCAGAUCAGCUAUGGCCCAGCCAGUCGCCGGAGGUUGUCGUCCAUUGCGCGCAUGCGGAAGUUCCCUGGUACAAGUGGGAGUGCCAGUACGGACCAUGAACACCCUAUGUCGGAGAGUCCCAGCCAACUGGAAGAGACAGCUUCUCAAAUGAAGAAGGAUGAGGGUGAUGAUAUGGGGAACACGUCGUCGCAAGUGUUUUCGAGAUUGGAGAAGAUUGAGGAGAGGCAGCAGCGGAUAGAAAGGCUUUUGGAGCAAGUCGUGGCUGGCAUGAGCCAGCAGCGUACACUGAGCAAAGAGUAG